AUGCCGCGGAUCUUCUGCUGGUGUCUGCUGUCGCUCGGGGUCUUGCUGGUUCGCUUCUCCUGGGAGCUAAGCGACAUCAGCAUACCCAGGAAGCUGUGCGGCAGGCACCUGGUGUCAGAAAUAGUAAAACUCUGUGGCGAUGCUAACUGGAGCCAGCUCCGUGUCAAGGAGGAAACGCCUUUCGCACGGCUGGUUUCCCAGGCCUCGGGAAAGGCUGGAGCCUUCAUCCCCGACCACUUCAGAAGCUCCCCAACCCCUUUCCCGGUCUGGGGGAGAGGCACAGACCCAGUCUCUACUUCUGCCACUCGGGAAGAAGCAAUAAAUAGUUGGGAGAUGCAGUCACUACCUGAGUAUCGGUAUAAAAAUGUCAACUCACCCCCUGAUAAGACAAGAGAUUUUUCCUCAUCCCAUUAUAUCAAUCCGUAUAUAUAUGAGAGUGUAAAAUUUCAGAAGAAAAGUAUGAACAAAAUUAAAACCAUAAGCAGUUUGUUUUGGGGGAAUCAUCCCCAAAGAAAACGCAGAGGAUACUCAGAAAAGUGUUGUCUUAAAGGAUGUACAAAAGAAGAACUUAGCAUUGCAUGUCUUCCAUAUAUUGAUUUUAAAAACUUAAAGGAAAAAGGAUCAUUACUGUGA